CCCCCACUCUACCCGCAUUUCUUCAAUCCAUCGUUCAAGAAAAGUUGCGCGAAUAAUAUCAAAGUUUCUGAACGGAUGUCAUUGUUCCGAUUGUUCCCCUACCUUUCCAAGUUGUACCUUACAGUGUCACUGUGUUUAAAUCGGAGUGUAGAAGGUUGUUCUGGAGAACUUGCGUUCACGACACUGCGAUAUCCUGUGAUUUCCCACCUGUUUUGAUCGUGGCAGAUGUGGAAAUGAAAGUAAUGUUUGGCUGUGAAAUUUAGUAGUGACCUACAUUACGGUUGGAUAGUCUCUUUAUUUCAUUGUACAUGCGAUUUGACGGACCAGUUUAAGGGCAUAUUCUUACUUUCUUGACAUGGAUGUCUUGAAUAGUGUUUCAACAUUGAGCGAUGAAGAACCCGACAAUGAGGAUUGCAUUCAACACUUGGUAGAAGGCCUGAACAUAAGGGAUCUUUCAGAAUCUGGAACUGAAUUUGCUGUUCAAGUGAAUGAAGAUGCAGCCCUUGAACAGCAGACCUCCUAUAAGGGGCCAAAUCUUUUCCACCAUUUGAAUCUUAGUUGCUUGGGACCAGCAGAAGAUGAAAACAAUUCUGACCCAGCAUAUGACCCAACAACUGAUUCUCCUUUCACUCACCUUGCCAAGUCCAUGACUAAUCUUACAGAAAAUGGAAAAGUUAAAAAAAAGAUAUUGUCUGAAGGCUAUGGAGAAGUGGUGCCAGAAAAUGCUCUUGUGUGGUUCCACUAUAACAGCUAUACCGAGGACAAGGAUGAUCCAUUUGAUUCAUCUUAUUUAAGAGGGUCAAUUGCGAUGCUAAGGCUGAAUACUGGAAGAUGCAUAUUGGGUCUUGAUAUUGGUCUGUCAACAAUGAAAUGUGAAGAAAAAGCUGAUUUUCUUAUUCAUCCUGAUUAUGCCUAUGGAAGCCUGGGAGUUCCACCAAGAAUACCUUCAAAUGCAACUAUUUUAAUGCGAGUGGAAAUGAAAAAGUUUGUGGAUAAUGCACUGGCAAUGAAAAUGGGAGAAUUAACUGAAGAAGAGUUAAAAACAACACCUUUUGAGGAAGUUCAUAAAGCAUCCUUGAGUUUAUUGUACAGUGGAAACGCAGAGUUUUCACAUAAGAAAUAUCCAGUAUCAGCAAAAUUACUGGGUCUUGCUCAUUUGAAUCUCAGUAGUUUUGAUGAAGCCAAGAAAUAUGCAUUUCUUGCAAGAAAAUUUGCACCUAAUAAUCCUGAUGUCAGCUCACUCUUACAAAAGAUUGAGAAGAAAAUGGAAAGAUAUAAUUCAUCUGUAGUAUCAUUUGCCAAAAAUGCAUUUGGAUUUGAAAAUAAUAAGUCAGUGAAAAUGAUUCAGUCAGUGGAGAAUGAUCAAGUUAGUUCUCCUGAAAACAAAACAUCAGGAAGACAGAAAAUCAUUGAAAUAGAGGACUCUCAAGAAGAAAAGAGUAAAAACAAAGCACCUAGUGGAGACACUUCGCUUUCUGCUGAGACUUCACUCCAGAAUGACCGUGAAGCAGAAUUUCAGAAGGAGGCAGUCUCAUAUAUCCAAGAAUGUUUUGAUGAUCCAACUGUAAGAGAAAUACCAUUGCCUAUUAGUUUAUCCUAUGAGGAAGAGAAGUUCUUCCUGACCCAGGCCUUAAUGUACGGUCUCCGAAAGGAAGAAAGACGUGAAGAUGGAAGGACACAAAUAUUCUUUGUCAAAUGAGAUGGUUUGGCAAACUGCAGUUUGGUGCUUUAUUUUCUUUCUUUGUUUUCUUCUUAUUAGUUUUGCAACAGAUUCCCCAAAGUCUCAUGGUGGAAUUUGGGGUGAAGAUUUGUGUGGAAUGUUGUUUUUUUUCCACCUUGACCUAUGUUGAUUUUGAACAAUUUUUAUACACGAGAGUUAUGAUCAAAGAGUACAAAGUUUACUUUUUACUACAAAGUUUACAACUAAGAAGUUUUAAAUAUAUAAACGCUUAUAUUUUUUUUUUUGUAGAUGCCUUUCAAUGCAUUCAUGAUUUUUAUCUUAGACAUUCAUUGGGGUUGUAAUACGUUCCAUGGAAAGUUUGCAAGAGCGUUGCGAGCAGUACAUUUUUAUGUUUGGACAAUUUUCCAAGUUUUUGAAAUUGUUUUGUUUUUGUGACAGAUUUGACAUCGGGCCUCCUCAAUUUUGUAUACUCAAAAAAAUUUUCAUUGAUAUUUUGAAAUUAGGAUUUUGUAAACUUGUACAAUUUUGAAAUGUUGUUUAUUGUAAGAGCUUUAAAUUGUUAGAAUUUGUGCAUUACAUGUCAAUUUAAUAAAAAUGGAUUAAGGAGCAUUUGUCAUUGUAAUUUUAUAUUCUUCGUGUGGUUCAAAUGCCCCUGGAAUUGAUUCACAUAUGAAAUGAUGAAUUAAGAUUAAUUCAAAACCUUUCAUUUGUUGAGAAUAAUCAUCCAAUACUGUUGAAACUGAGAAAUAUUGCUUAGAUGACUAGAAAAGCAUUAGCAGAAACUGCGACGAGAAGUUUUAUGUAUAGUGUUCUCAUCAGACGAGAGAAUUCUGAAAAACGUGAUGCUUAAUUGCCAAAAUUAUUUCUUUCAAUUAGUAUUGAAGAUAUUAUUAUGGUUACAUCUGCCUAUCCGAAAACAAACGUUCUCCUUAUGAAUUUCACUUUCAUUCAUGCUUUCCGCCCUUUGCUCAGCGUCUCAGCGCUGGAUGAAAGAAACUACAUUAUUAAUUCUUGCUACCAAUGUACCACCAACUUUCAAUGCACCCAAUAUGCAUAUUGCUUAGCUUCUUCGCACGA